GGUAUAAUUUACGGCACAAAUCGUGGACACAGUUGUGUGCAAAUGGAGUCCAGAAUGACUGCUCGGGAAGAGAGUCUAAAUAUCACACAAAGUGAGGACUGUUUGGUACUAAACAUAUGGACACCUAAUAUGGGAAACAAUACCUCAUCAAAUGAUACAUCACUCAAACCUGUAAUGUUUUGGAUACAUGGAGGGGCUCUCACUAUGGGAUCAAUAGCUAUGUAUAAUGGCAGUGUUUUGGCCACCAAUGAUGUGGUGGUUGUGGCCGUGAACUACAGACUCGGAUGGUUUGGGUUUAUGUAUGGGGAUCGGGAGGACGCGCCCGGAAAUAUGGGAUUUUAUGACCAGUUAUUAGCUCUCAAAUGGGUGAGAGAUAAUAUCCAUUUGUUUGGUGGGGAUGGGGAUCAUAUCACUAUAUUUGGUGAGAGCGCCGGCAGUUGGUCCGUAUCGGCACAUAUAUUGUCUCCCCUAUCAAAGGGUCUGUUUAAGAGGGCUAUUAUGCAAAGUGGAGCACAUUUUUACAACAAGGAUAGGGAUGUGAUCACGAAAUCUGAAGCUUUACUAAUGGCUAAAGAGUUAGCAAAUCGAUUGAAUUGUAGUGACUCUGAUAAUUGGCUCAAAUGUUUGAGAGGGGUUCACAUUCAGGAUAUACUAAGCUAUCAAUUUAAUCAUACGAGACAUGUAAUACAUAUAAAUGAGAUGAAGGCUAGUUGGGCUAUAUUCCCGGUGUUGGGUACAAAGUUUAUGCCAUUUUCGGCGCAAAAGACAUUUGCAAACAAAAUAUAUGAUUCAGAUAUCGAUAUAAUGGCUGGAAUUACAAAGAAUGAGGGGUCGAUGCUAUCGGAAAUGUUUCUGGGAGUACCAGAAAAUUUAACCCAGAAUCUAUUUAAGGAAUUAGUGGUUAAUAUAGAUGACUUAUUUCAUGGAUUAAAUGCUGAUAAUGUGACCGACUUUUACCUCCGGGGUGUCAACGAAAGCAGUUCAACGGAACUUCGACAGGCUUUCUACGGCCUGUACGGUGAUCUCUUUAUCAAUUGUCCGACUUAUCUGUUCACUAAACAAAUGGCUAAACAUAUGAUGAAUAAACAAAACGUUUAUUUCUAUGAACUCACGUAUCAAAUGUCACUAUUUGUAGAAAUGUUUGGUUUGGAUGAGGAGACUGUGGGUAUUAUUCACGGAGCGGAUAUACCCUUUGUGUUUGGUAUGCCUGUCCUUCAAUCAGAAUUUUUUACACCAGAAGACGUCGAUUUUAGUAGACUAGUGAUGAAAUUGUGGACUAAUUUCGCCAAAUAUGGCAAACCGGAUGAACAAUGGCCUAAACUAUUGGGCGAUAAUAAUUUGAUUUCAGUGAGGGAUUUGAACCCAGGUCAUAUGGAUCGGUAUUAG